AUGUCCACGUGGCAUCUUUGCUCUGACGAUGGAUCAAAUUAUCGUUGGGAGGUUAUCAGUCCGAACUUGCCGUCGAAACUUGAUGAUGACCCAAAAGGCCCUCCUAUUGCAAAAUACCCUUCCAUGGUCGAUCUCCUAAUUGAAGAUCACACGCAUAUAGGAGGUUCAAAGCUUAUUGAGAACGAUGAUGAUAGAAGAGUGGAUAAAUACCCGAUGUUUAGAACCGAAAUUGGUAACUCUGUGUCGUUGAAAGAAUCUUCAAUUGCAAAAGCAAUAUCUAUCCUAAAUGAAGACGACGUUGCCUCUACUGAUACUCCAACGAUGUUUAUAGCAAUUGAAGAUUCAUCGUUGCAAAAGCUAUAUUACUACUCUAUUGUGUCGUUGAAAAGUUGUGACCGUGAUUCGAGGUUACCAAUCGCUCAGGUUUUAACGGUGAUUUCGCAGAAGCAAAAAUCGGCUCUCAAAGAAGCUUACAAGAAGAAGAAGCUCCUCCCUUUGGAUCUCCGUCCCAAGAAGACUCGUGCCAUUCGUCGCCGCCUUACUAAACAUCAGGUUCUUUUAGUUUUUGUUUACAGUUAUUGA